AUGCAAGUGAAUAAUAAAGGUUUCAAAUAUUUGAUUGUUGAUUAUGAUUUAAAAAUCUCUGUUUCAUAUAAUCAACCGAAAUUCUGUCCACAUGUGUCAUGGGAUCUAACUGCUAUAACUAUCGCAAAUAUUGACACAGUUGGUUCACAACCUUACGAGAUUUUUAUCAAUACGAACAACACGAUCUAUGUACCUAAUAGACAAACUGGUCGAAUUAUUGUGUGGUAUGAAGGGAAUAUUACAUCGGCAACAGAUAUUUCGGCUAAUUUGUCUAAUCCAUACGGUCUCUUUGUUGCACCAUCAUAUGAUAUUUAUGUCGAUAGUGAUAACAACAAUGGUCGGGUAACUAAAUGGACAUUACAUACAACAAUCGGUGUUCCAGUCAUGCAUCCAUGUCAACAAUGUUGGGAUAUUUUUAUUGAUAUCAAUGAUACUUUAUACUGUUCAAUGAAUAACCUUCAUCAGGUUAUUACGAAAUCACUGAAUAGCGAUUCAAAUGCAUUGAUAAUUGUUGGUGGUACAAGUGUAGCGGGAUCCACUUCGUAUAUGCUUAAUUCACCUCGUGGAAUUUUUGUCGAUAUUAAUUUUGAUUUAUAUGUAGCAGACUGUAACAACAACCGAAUUCAACUCUUUCAAGCAGGUCAAUUGAAUGGGAUAACUGUAGCAGGAAACGGUGCAAUAAAUACUAUUACAUUCAAUUGUCCAAGUGGAAUUGUAUUAGAUGCUGAUAAUUAUCUUUUUAUUGUCGAUAGUAACAAUCAUCGUAUUAUUCGAUUAGGACUCAAUGGUUUUCAAUGUUUAGUUGGAUGUUAUGGAGGUGGUUCAGCAUCUAACCAAUUAUUAAAUCCGCAGAGUAUGGCUUUCGAUAGUUUUGGAAAUAUAUUUGUCUCUGAUUCUGGCAAUAGUCGAAUUCAAAAAACAAUUUCUGUCGGUGUAUCAAGUCCAUAUGCUCUUUACGUUACCACUUCUGGUGAUAUUUAUGUUGACAAUGGUAAUUGGAAUGGUCGAGUAGACAAAUUGGCAUUAGAUGGAACUAUCGCUGUUCCAAUAAUGUAUGUUGGUCAAUCAUGUUAUGGGCUCUUUGUCGGUAUUAAUGAUAUUUUAUAUUGUUCAAUCGCUAAUCUUCACCGAGUUGUUACAAAACCACUGAACAGUAUUUCAAACACGUUAACAAUUGCUGCCGGAACAGGUUGCUCUGGAUCUACUUCUGAUACGCUUAAUUCACCUCGUGGAAUAUUUGUCAACAUCAACCUUGAUUUAUAUGUAGCAGAUUGUAACAACAACCGAAUUCAACUCUUUCAAUCAGGGCAAUUGAACGGGAUAACUGUAGCAGGAAAUGGUGCAAUAAAUACUAUUACACUCAAUUGUCCAAGUGGAAUUGUAUUAGAUGCUGAUAAUUAUCUUUUUAUUGUGGAUCAAGGCAAUCAUCGUAUUGUUAGAUCAGGACCAAAUGGUUUUCGAUGUUUAGUUGGAUGUUAUGGAGGUGGUUCAGCAUCUAAUCAAUUAUUAAAUCCGCAGAGUAUGGCUUUCGAUAGUUUUGGAAAUAUAUUUGUCUCUGAUUCUGGCAAUAGUCGAAUUCAAAAAUUUGUUCACUUGAACGAAAUCCUUGGUAAGUGUUACAAAAAUAGUUUGAUAAUCUGUUGACAUAAGUAGAAGUUAGUUACUAUCUGAUCGGAAUGUUAUUUCUACGAACAGUAAUAACGCAUAAUUAUUUAAAUGGCAAGUAGUUCUAAUUACUAUUUUUUGUGCAAAAAAAAAUGUAACAAUCAAAGCAUAGUUCGAAAGACGUGGAUGAGCGAAGGUUUGAAAAAGACGUAUGUACAGAAUGAAGAUUAUUACUUUGAAAAAUAAAAAUAUUUGUUGAUAAUUUUGUUGGUUAGUCAACAAAUAUACAGACAGUUAUUUUUUACAAAAAAAAUUAAUCAAAGUUACAAAUAAGUAAGAAUUUCGCGUGUUUUAGCAUCAGUAGAAAGUGGAAAAAUCUUGGUUGUUUACCAUUCUAUUCAGUUUUCUUGUGGAAUUCUGCGACUCCUCUCCUCACCUUCCCCCCCCCCCCCCCCCUAGAAGGGAAGAUCUGUAAGGUAAAAAGAACGUUUCACCUUGCAAUGGGGAGGAGGAGUUUUCAUAGGGCAAUUGAUAGAUUUCAAUGGUAACCGUUAACAGGCACGAAAAGUCUUUUCUAUAGCUCCUUAGGCAACAGGGCACGGGUCAAUGGGUAUGUUUCCUCCUAGCAACACGGGUAAAAGGGCAUUGAGUACCAGUCCUUGCUUAGAAAUCGACUGAAAGGAGUAUUUGACAGGUUAAUAGAUACGUUUCCAUAGUAGCGAGGGGUUUCAUAAGUAAAUCCAUACAUUUCCUCUAGCAGAUGAGGAAGAGAGUUUACAAAGGUUAGUGGAUAUAUUUCCUCUAGCAACUGGUUAUACUAAAUUUGAUUCUAGAUUACACGAAGUAUGUGAGUUUCACAUUUUAGCCGGAAAAGAGCUGUGAUGGGUGUGGGUCUGGGUCUGGGUGUGUAUCUUCUUAUCAUCUACACCCACACCCAAAACCUUUGCAAGAUUUCUAGAUAAAGGCCUGGAAAAAAUCACUGUCGAUAAAAAGAACCAUUUUGAAACCUAUUUGGUUUUAGAGUAGUUUACUUUUUUUGUCAUAAAAUGUCUUCCGGUACGAUCAUAACGUUGUAUAUCAAUGGUUUGAAUUGAUCGAAGACAGAACAUUAAAAAGGCCUGAUUGAGUAAAGGACAGGGGCGCAUAAGAUCGUAAUUUGGCCCAUUGAACUUUUCAUACUAUAUCCAGCACAAUCAUAUAUAGGGUGAAAGAGCUUCAACUGGCGAGUACUUUCCAAUACAUUUGAGGACUUCCCUCCUUAUGAGUUUAAAUGAACUUCUUACGAUUACAUAGUAAUUACAUCACAGUCUUUCAGAUUAGUUUUCUCCAUAUAAAUUCAAGAAAUUCAGCUUCAAUUAUACAUCAUCGAAUAGC